UAUCACUUUAGUCUUUGCAUCAAUUUUAUUAUCUUUAUUAUCGAGCAACUAUCAUGCGCCUUACAACUAUUAUCACCAUUGCUACUUGCGUUUUAGCAAUGCCUGGGCAAGGCUCUCUGUUGGGAAGCCUGCUGGGCAAGGUUGAUUUGGAGAUUGCUAUUUGCCCUCAGCUUGAUCUGAGUUUUUCGAGAAAAGGCAGUGCGGGCACCAAGCCUGCAUCACAGUCCAGUAACCCGGCAUGCCCAAAGUAUGUACCCCCAGCACAGCCUCUAGUGAAUAAUCCAGCGUCUGCAUCAAAUCCCAGCACCGCAUCGAUAUCUCAAUCCAGCAUCAAGUUGCAUUUGGCAGAGUACAAGAAUGUGUCGCCAAGCACUUCAAUUUACAUCACACCAACUCAGGAACUAAAACCAUCAACACAACCACAGCAGUCAAUUUCAAUGCCGCCACCCCCACUUCUGGUUUUGUCAUCGACUACAACGCCACCACCUCCACCGCCAAUUCUAUCGUCAACUGCAAUGCUGCCACCUCUACUAUCGAUUUCUUCGGCAACUGCAACUGCAACUGCAACACUGCCACCCUCACAAACAAUUUUGUCGUCGACGCAGAAAUCAUCGUUGCCUCUGUUGACACCUCAGAUGCAAACACAGUCGCAGUCUCAGUCUAAAUUUCCAAUUUCGUUGCUGCCAACCCCAUUGCCAAUAUCUCCUCCACGGUUUCUGACGUUGGAAUUUAAAUCUUUGCCAACAACAGGAGAGAAACCUGCCUCUCAGCAGUUCUCAUCAGCCCCGAACUUGAAAGCGCUUGAGGUUACAAAAUAUUUGGCCACACAAAUUGCCAUUAUCUCUUUCAGCACAAGCAACCCGCAUGCACCCGCGCCAAUAAAUUCAGUGAAUUUGCCGACAACCCAAUGUACGGAGUUUUCUCAGACGCUAGAAACUCCCGUAAACUCCUCGGAUUGGCCAUUGGCCAAGUCUAUUCCCAUCACCAUGGCACAGUUUACUUUUUCGGCUGAUGUUAAUGACCCGGUGCCUGAAAUCGUUGUCACACCUGGUAAUUCUACUCCAGUCGGUCACUAUUUUGCGCAGCAGUUUAGCGCGGUCGCGCCAGUAAACAUUUUGGGAUGACCAUCUGGCAUUGUUCGGGCAGCGUGGAAUGUGAGAUCUUACAAAUUUACUAUCAAAGUUCAUUUUUCGCAAUACUUUUAAUUGGUAACUUUAGAUUUCGUUAAAGGGUAAGUUAACAGUGCGUUAACACUUUUCGCCAGAGGUAGAAAAAAGGCAGUACAAACAUGUGAAAUAUUCAUAAGAAUUUAGCAGUAGAUUACUCUCUAACCGAGCAACUAUUUUUUGUGCUGCAGCUGUUUCCCAGUAUUUUUGUCAUCGCUGAUUAAGGGUGGCAAAAAAG